AGCUGUGAUAUCACUGAGAACCAAAAUGGAGAAAGGGAAAGUUUCUCCCUCGCGGCCCCUCCAUGCCCUUUCGGUUUUAGGUCAACAUACAGCUCCCCACAAUUAUCGCCCUAGAGAGACACUGGGCGGGUCCCCCUCUGCCCACACCCCAGCCAAGAUGCUGCAGGACUGACACAGCAUAUGGGUUCUGGGAUCUCCAAGGUUGCGAUUCUCUGUGGCGGAUUUGCAUCAGAUGGGCUCGGCAUUGGCAGUGCAACGCCGCAGGGAAAGAAUGAGGCGGGUUCCCGUGGGCUUGGGAAGCCAGGCCGCUUAGAGCGAAAGCAGCCUUUUCUCCAGCUCUGACCUGCAGCCGCCCCUGGUUCUGGAAACAUUGCACUUGAACUCAGAAAACCGGUUCAAGGCAGCACUUCACUUCCUUCUAGGGGAGUGCCUUUAUACCUAAAGUUCUUGACCUCUCUGGACUUCAAAUUUAUCCUCCUUAAAUUUGAGGGGUAAAAAUAAUAAUACCUCAAGAGUAGCUAUGAGGAUUAGAUGAGGAAAACAAAACAAAUACCCCCCCACUUCCCCCCCAAAUCAGCUGUACCCAGCUGAUGGAACAAAACUUUCCAAAUGGCUGGAAACUCUAUAUGAAUAACUUUGAUGCCUUUUAUUUCAGAAUUGGAGAAUAUCUAAGCAGCAACGUGAACAGGGAACAGUCUGAUCAAUACACUCAGUGUUCUACAUGGGAGGACUAUGAUCCUUGAAAAUAGUUUGAACACCACCAUCUCAUUCUGUCCUCCAAAGAGCAUUUUUUUCUGAGCCCUAAAAUUUCAAACAUAGGAUUGUACAGUGUGAAUCUUAGAAAGAGCCUGAAAUCAGACGAUGAGGUGAAAUCAAUUUGCCUCCUCUAUAUCCCUAAAGAGAUUUUAUUCCAUACAUCUUCAUGUCUUUUCAAUCAGAUCUCUAAAAUGUGUGAAGUUGGUAAUCUUAAGAUUCUUUAUUUGGGGGAAGAGGUGAUUAAUUCAUACUUUUAUACCCACCCCUAUCUCAGAGAGGGGCUUCAGGAAAGUGAUGUUCCAGGAUGGCCCCUGCAAUCUAUUAGCUCGAAAAUUAUGUCCCAAGGACAUAUACUGUAGAUAGGCGGGAACUGUUAAAGUCAAACUGUUAAGCUGCUUCUGCGUUCCCUUCUGAGAACUGAGAAUAAAAAAAUCUGGGGACCCAACAACAGAAACCCCUGCCACUAUGAAGGUUUCAAGUCAGAACCUCAAAGUCUUUCUUGACUUUUUCCGCCCUCACAUGGCCCUCACAGGGCGGAAAUUACAAAUGAACUCCAUGCUACUGUAGAAAUAAUGUCUUGAAUCUGAUUACUUCUGUCCACUGCUGGACUGCAUUACCUUCAUUGAGAGUCUAAACUAGAAACAUCCUGGAUUAUUGCAAUAAUGGUCUUACUAAAAUUGCCUUUCUUCCAGUCUUGCUUCUUAUUCCUUUCUUGCCAGU